AUGAUGACAUACAGAGACUACUUGAAUAGCAUAUCAAAGUCAGAGUAUUUGACGUUGAUUGCUGUGCCUCCAUCUGUAGAAGAUUUCGGGUUUGUUUGAUA